CAAACGACAAAUGUCAAAAUUACAUAAAAACCAUCACAAAAACCUAAAAUUACUAGUUUAUUGGCAAGCCUGUUCCUUUUUCAGUUUGACAGCUGUGGUAAUACCGCGUCAAGAUGUUGAUGCCCAAAAAGAACCGGAUCGCGAUCUAUGAAUACCUCUUCAAGGAGGGCGUCAUGGUGGCUAAGAAAGACACCCAUGCCCCUAAACACCCCGAAUUGGAAAGUAUUCCCAACUUGCAGGUGAUCAAAGCUUUGCAGUCUUUGAAAUCGAAGGGAUACGUUAAGGAACAAUUCGCCUGGCGGCACUAUUACUGGUAUUUGACAAAUAACGGUAUUGAGUACCUGAGGACCAUUUUGCAUUUGCCGCCUGAAAUUGUGCCCUCAACGCUCAAGCGACAAGCUAGGACCGAAACAACGCGUGCUCGUCCCACGCCAUUCAAAUCAGAAACUUCCAGUAAGCCUGCCGAAGACCGUGCCGGAUACAGGCGGACUCCCGGGGGGCCUGGAUCUGAUAAGAAGGCUGAUGUGGGGGCUGGCACCGCUGAUUUGGAAUUUAGAGGAGGCUUUGGGAGAGGAAAAGCGCCCCAAUAAAUUAAGUUUUUUAUUACAAUAAGGCAUGAUCAGCAAAUAAAACCUUGUCGAUCGUUAA